GUGAAAAAUAUUGGAUAAUACUGUAUUUUCCUGAAAGGGCAAUUGGGGAUUGGCAUUGUUCUUCUGGGUAUGGCGACAACAAUUGGCCUCAGAAGCAUAUCAAGCUGCUCCCUUUUCCGCGCUGGGAAGGCGGCGGCCGUGGCGGUAGCACCGUCGUCGAAUUCAAUCACAUUCAGAUCCCUAUCCAGAUAUCAUUCUCUGCUUCAUCGUCGUCUCAGGGGUGCUCCCUCAUUCUGUACCAGUCCAAAUGCAGACGCGGAGGCCUCCGCUGCCGCCGCUGCUGCCACUACUGCCGUGGCUCCAUCAGAGUCCAGUGACGAUCAGCCGAAGGAUCCAAUAAAGGAUGCGGCUAACAUGCUCGACAUAAGGGUUGGCCGCAUAAUCAAAGCCUGGAGGCACGAGGAAGCCGAUUCGCUUUACGUGGAAGAGGUGGAUGUGGGAGAGCCGGAACCCAGAACCAUCUGCAGCGGCCUUGUCAAAUACGUUCCCUUGGAACAGCUUCAGGAUGCAAAAGUCGUUGUUCUUGCUAAUCUAAAGCCAAGGAACAUGCGCGGUGUCAAGUCUUCUGGAAUGCUGAUGGCUGCCUCUGAUGCCUCCCAUGAGAAUGUUGAGCUUCUUGUGCCUCCUGAGGGCUCUGUUCCCGGUGACAGAAUAUGGUUUGGCAAUGAAGAUGACAAAGAAAAUCAACCUGAACCAACAACGCCCAACCAGGUUCAAAAGAAAAAAGUUUGGGAAACAGUGCAGCCUCAUCUCAAGACGAAUGCAUCCUGUAUUGCAAUGCUCGGGGAGCAUUUGAUGCGAACAUCUGCAGGUGCGGUACUCUCCAAAUCCCUGAAGAAUGCAAAUAUCUCUUGAUCAGUUCAAGACUCGUACCCAACUUCUCAGUAUUUUAGCGCUUGUCCUAAAUGUCAUGAAUUAUUUUUUGAGCUGACUCGCAGAAGGUUGAUGCAACAUUUAGCGCAAAUUAAGUUGGUUGGUUAUUCUACUUUUGUAUGCUCGAUUUUGUUUGGCUGAUUUUACAAAUGUUGUUGCCCUGUGAUUUCAUGAAAGUCUUGCGGUUUCCUGUGAUAAAGCGGGAAGAAAGGAAAUUUAUAAAAAUUUGCGCCUCCG